UAUUUAUUUCAUACUAAAUGACACGUGAAUUCUAAAAGAUAUCAUAUUCUUUUUAAAUGUGAUGUGAUAAGUUUUAUUAAGCUUACAAUUUAUUUUAUAAUUAAGGUGUAAGCAAAUAUUUUUUUAUCAGUAUUACUUUUCGCUAUUGAAUUAUGAAAAAAUGUCAUGCAUACAAUUAUUGUUCGUUAAUUAUUACUAAGUAGUUUUGUUUAUAAGGAUUAUAGGUGCAGUUAUUAAUGUUAAUCAUUAAUAUUCAAGAUUAUAUUUGAACAGUUAUAAAUUAAGAUUAAAAAUGUUUGAGUCACCAAGAAGUCUACAAGAAGUUUGUGUUGACUUUAUUUGUGAUAACGUUUUAGCGCUUUGUGAAUUUCAUUCAAGUAAUUCCGGACGUACAAAUUUCAAUCCCAUUUUAACAGCAAGUUCAGAAGAAGAGCCAUUCAUUGAGAACACCACCGAUGAUAAUAGUUUAGCAGUAACUACAUCAUCAAUAGCUUCAUCAGUAAAUGAUAUCAAUUUUUGUUCCUUAACGAGACUGAAUUUCAAGGAUCCAGAUAUUUUUUUGCCAACUCAGAUUUCUGAGCAAUUAUUAGCUUCUCUUUGUGAAAAAAAAGCCUUAUCUGAUCUCACAAUAACUUUAUUUGAUUCAAGAACGACCAUAUUGAGACACGUAAGGCUCAACGAUGCUUCGAGACUUUCUGUUAAAGGUUUAAAAGUUCUUAAACAACAUAAAAUUAUUGAUUUAGAAGUUAAUGGACUUAGGAUUACCAUCAAUGAUUUAAUAGGAUGCCUUGGACAAUGGAGCUUAAAUAAUCUUAGAUCAUUAAGUGUUGCUAAAGGAAGCUUUAUAGAUUGUUCUCGAGUUUGUGUAUUUAUGGCAUUAAGUAAAUUACGAGCUCUUCACACAUUAAAUGUUUCUGGAACAGAGUUUAACAAACAUGGGUUAGAGAUAAUUGUUGAAGAUUUGCCUUUAUUAGAGAGUCUGGAUAUUUCAGAUACACGAGUAGAUGACAUCACACCGUUAAAAAGAUGUAAAAAUCGUUUGAAAAGUCUUGCUAUGUAUAAACUCAGAAUCACUGGAUAUGGAAAUCUCAAAACUGUUUUUUCGGAACUUGAUUCACUUAGAAACCUUGAUAUUUCUGACGAGCAAGAUUCGAACUCGUUCGAGAUGUUUGCUCCUAUUCGAUCAAAGAUAACAGACCUACUGCGAGCAGUUAAUUGCAUGCCAUAUCUUACUCGCCUAGAUAUUUCUGGAAAAGACGAAAUCGAAGUAAAAGAUCUUAAAGAAUUUUUGAAGAAUCACCCACAUUUGGAAUUUUUGGGACUUGUGCACUCAAAUAUUUGUUAUGAAGAUAGUCUAAUUAAUCCCGCCAAUAAAGAUUACAGACCAGGAUUGAUUGUGAGCGGUAUGGCUACAGAAGCUCAAAUUCUAGAAGCUUUGCGAAGAUAUCCGCAUAGACCAACAUAUGUGCAAAAAUGUUUGUACAAUCUAUUUCGGUUGACUCCACACUUUAAUGAGCCACGAGUUGAUGUGAUAAAACUUGUGAUACCAGGUAUGAGAGCUCAUCCAGAAGAGUUUAAAGUACAGAUGGCCGCGACAGCUUGUCUUUAUAACUUAACUAAAGGUGAAUUAGCUACGAAGAUACAUCCGUUUAUUCUUAAACAAAUAGUUGAUUUAACACUCACAGCUAUGGAGUCUUAUCCUAAUCAUUAUCAAUUGCAAAAAAAUACUCUAUUAACUUUAUGUAGCGAUCGAAUUUUACAAGAUGUUCCUUUCGAUAAAUACAGGUGCGCUAAGUUAGUAAUGAAUUGUCUCUCUGCAUUUGAUGAUGUCUCUAUGAAUCGUAUGUCAGUUGCUAUUUGCUCAAUUUUGGCUGCUAAAAUUUCUACAGUAGAAACAUCAAUGCUUGGUGCUAAGCCUCAAUAUAUGGCAAAACUUCUUUCAAUGGUACGAUCAAAAAUUCAAGUGAGAUCUGCUGAUAUUACCAUGAAAUUUACCUUAAGUGCGUUAUGGAAUCUAACGGAUGAAAGCGCUAUGACCUGUCAGGUUUUUCUUGCAGAAGGUGGAAUGGAACUUUUUUUAGAGGUUCUUGAAUGUUUUCAAAAUGAAUCUAACGUAGAAACAAAAGUUCUUGGAUUGCUCAAUAAUAUAGCUGAGGUAGGCCACUUGAGACAACAGUUGAUGGAGUCACGCUUUAUAAAAAUGCUCUCAAUGCUCUUGGAUUCAAGGCACAUUGAUGUGUCUUACUUCGCAGCGGGUAUUGCUGCACAUUUACUGAGUGAUGGUCCGCGAGCGUGGGAGGCAUGGACUGCUGAUCAAUCAUUACCAACGAGAGAACAGUUAUUGGAUCAAUUGGCUAAUGCAGUGACUAAUUGGCAAACGCCGCAAGGAGAAAUGGUAGCUUACCGAAGUUUUCAGCCAUUUUUUUCGCUCCUUAAGUGUACUGAAGCCUAUCCAGUGCAGCUAUGGGCUGUAUGGGCAAUCCAUCAUGUUUGCACUAAAAAUCCAAAAAAAUAUUGUGGUAUGCUAAUUCGAGAAGGAGGAGUAGAAAUAUUGAAAUUAUUAGAACAAAAUGAGGAAGAAAUACAGCCAAACAUAAGAGCGUUGUGUCGUUCAAUUCUAGAUACUCUUCUACUAUAUCCAUUAUAACAUCCUGUUAAUAUCUUGAAAAUACGAUACGCUAGUCAAUUUAACCAUUAUUUGAAAGAUGAAAGUUUAUUAUUGAAUAUGUCUUAAAUAAAACGAUUUAAAUGAAUUAUUGUAAA